AUGGCUGCCAGCGUUGCGACUCCCAUGUCCACGGACAAUUCAGUUAGGGAUAAAAUUUUGCAGGAUUAUCGUAAAAAGCUUCUAGAUCAUAAGGAGUUGGAAGCCCGCUUGAAAGAAAUGAGAGAGCAAUUAAAAGAAUUGACGAAACAAUAUGACAAAUCAGAAAAUGAUCUGAAGGCACUACAAAGUGUUGGACAGAUUGUUGGUGAAGUUUUGAAGCAAUUAACAGAAGAUAAAUUUAUUGUAAAAGCUACAAAUGGACCCAGGUAUGUGGUUGGAUGUAGAAGGCAGUUGGAUAAAACUAAACUUAAACCUGGCACUAGAGUUGCUCUCGAUAUGACUACUCUUACAAUCAUGAGAUACCUGCCUAGAGAAGUUGAUCCCCUUGUGUACAACAUGUCAACUGAGGAUCCAGGCAACAUCAGCUACUCACAGAUAGGUGGACUCUCAGAGCAGAUUAGAGAAUUAAGAGAGGUCAUUGAACUACCUUUGAUGAAUCCUGAGUUAUUCCAAAGAGUUGGCAUUACUCCACCAAAGGGUUGCCUGUUGUUUGGACCUCCUGGUACCGGAAAAACAUUGCUGGCACGAGCUGUUGCUUCACAGUUAGAUGCCAACUUCCUUAAGGUUGUGUCGAGUGCCAUAGUAGACAAAUACAUUGGUGAGAGUGCAAGGUUGAUCAGAGAGAUGUUUGGUUAUGGAAGGGAUCACCAGCCAUGCAUCAUCUUCAUGGAUGAAAUUGAUGCUAUUGAAGAUUUUCUGAAGGAACAUCAGCUGAUAGAGAAAUCCAGAGAACUCUCAUGGAGGCAAGCAUGCCUUUUAAACCAGAUGGAUGGUUUUGAUGCCUUAGGUCAGGUGAAGAUCAUCAUGGCUACCAAUCGACCUGAUACUUUGGACCCUGCUCUACUCAGACCUGGUAGACUGGAUAGAAAAAUCGAAAUUCCUCUUCCAAAUGAGCAAGCAAGGCUUGAAAUUUUGAAGAUACAUGCUGGACCAAUUGCUAAACAUGGAGAAAUUGAUUGGGAAGCAAUAGUGAAGCUAUCAGAUGAUUUCAAUGGGGCUGACUUGAGGAAUGUUUGCACUGAAGCUGGCAUGUUUGCAAUCAGAGCUGAAAGAGAUUUUGUCAUUGAAGAAGACUUUUUCAAAGGCGUUCGUAAAAUAGCAGACAACAAAAAACUGGAAACCAAACUGGAAUAUAAACCUGUCUAA